AUGAAACUAAAUAACGGAAUCCAAUUGACGUGGCUCGGACACUCAACCUUUAAAAUUGAAUUCGAGGGACAGACCUUUCUAAUAGACCCGUGGAUAACCGGUAAUCCGUCGUGCCCAGAUACCCUGAAAACAUUUGAUAAACUCAAUGCGAUACUCAUUACACACGGACACGCCGAUCACAUCGGCGAUGCUGUUGACCUUGCGAAGCAACACUCACCGACCGUUGUGGGGAUGGUCGAAAUCAGCAAUUGGCUCGGAGGUAAAGGCGUCGAAAACGCGAUCGGGAUGAACAAGGGGGGCACUGUUUCCAUUAAUGGGCUAAAUGCAACUAUGGUAACAGCCAACCAUAGCAGCAGUUUCACUGAACCCGCGGGAUAUAUCCUUGAAUUUUCAAAUGGGUAUAAAAUUUACCACGCGGGUGACACGAAUGUAUUUGGCGAUAUGCGGAUCAUCGGUGAAAUCUACCAGCCAGAUCUCGCCCUCUUGCCAAUCGGCGACCACUUCACGAUGGGCCCCCGUGAGGCGGCUUAUGCGGCGCAGCUGCUCAAUGUACCUGCUAUUGUUCCGAUACAUUACGGGACAUUUCCGCUACUAACCGGACACCGGACGCAUUGCGCGAGCUGA